UUUGAAACCGAGGCGGCAGACCCGAUCGGCUGCUUGGCCGUUGCUGCUGAGCCUCUUCUGAACAACAGCGACAAGGACUACUGCGAGCGGGAGCGGCAAGAGUCUGAGGCGCAGCCGUGUCGCCUCCUUACGAUGACCAGUGUGGUUAAGACAGUGUGCAGCGUGCAGCCCCCCUCUGUGCUGAGCGGCGGCCUGUCGGCAGAUACACAAACUCAAGCUACUACCAAGAGUCUGUUACCUAUUAAGUCCAAAGAAGUCGAUGUUUCCAGACAUCUUUAUUCAGGAGGUUCAGAUAAUGAUAUUACAAAAAUCACCAAACCAAAGCGAGAGAAUGGGCAGAUGAAGGCUGCAGAGACUGCCAUCAAGAGGAACAUGAAGAAGAGCUACAAACCAUUGAGUAAGCAAAAAUCAGAGGAAGAGCUCAAGGAUAAAAAUCAGCUAUUAGAGGCUGUCAACAAGCAGCUGCACCAGAAGUUGACUGAGACUCAGGGAGAGCUGAAGGACCUGACUCAGAAGGUGGAGCUGCUGGAGAAGUUUCAGGACAAUUGUUUAGCGAUUUUAGAGAGCAAGGGCCUCAACCCAGGCAGUGAGACCCCGGCAUCACAGCCGGAACCUACUCUGGAUCACACAGACUCUAUGUUGCUGUUAGAAACUUUGCAAGAUGAAUUGAAACUUUUUAAUGAAACUGCCAAGAAGCAGAUGGAGGAGUUACAGGCCUUAAAGGUAAAGUUGAAGAUGAAAGAAGAAGAAAGGGUUCGAUUUCUAGAACAGCAAACCUUAUGUAAUGGUCAAGUCAAUGAUUUUAAAACACCCCUGGAGGAAAUGGAGCAGCUAUUAGAAAUGUAAUAAAAGACAAGUGGCCAGAUGGCUCCCUGUUGGGGAUAAAAUUCUCAGAGGAAGUCACUUAAGACAUCUUCGUGGCCAUGAUCUUCUAAGACUUACAAUCCCCAGAGUGAAAACAGUUUCUGCAGUAGGAUUAAGGGCAGAUUAUGCUGGAAUGGAGGUUCUUCCUUUAAACAGCUUUCCCCACCUUCAGAUUGGUCAACUCUCCUGAGCAUCACAUGUAGAUAAUGGAGGCCUAUAAGAAUGGACCUGGAAGCUUGACUCAACCUUGUAGGCAACAAAGCAGCACACCAUUAGAAUCAGGAGACUAAAGCAGCCACAACCAGAGACUCUAGAAGGUCACAUUCAGGUUUACAGGAAGAAAUCCUUAUUUUUACAGUAGAGCACAGGAGCUCCCUGAGGCAUCACUGAUGAGCUGUGCUGUUCUCUCUUAGAACACACACUGUUCCAUCCUGGUUGGGCUU